AUGGCGAGCGCCGCGACCCCCGCGCCGCCGUCCACCCCGCGCGCCCCCCCGGGCGGCCCCGCCACGCCGCUGAGCCCGACGCGCCUGUCGCGGCUGCAGGAGAAGGAGGAGCUGCGCGCGCUCAACGACCGGCUGGCCGUGUACAUCGAGCGGGUGCGCAGCCUGGAGACGGAGAACAGCGCGCUGCAGCUGCGCGCGUCCGAGCGCGACGAGGUGCGCGGCCGCGAGCUCACGGGCCUCAAGGCGCUCUACGAGGCCGAGCUGGCCGACGCGCGCCGCGCCCUGGACGACACGGCCCGCGAGCGCGCGCGCCUGCAGAUCGAGCUGGGCAAGGGCCAGGCCGAGCACGACCAGCUGCUGCUCAGUUAUGCUAAGAAAGAAUCUGAUCUUAAUGGAGCCCAGAUGAAGCUUCGAGAAUAUGAAGCAGCACUGAAUUCUAAGGACGCGGCUUUGGCUACUGCACUUGGUGACAAAAAAAGCCUAGAGGUAGAUGUGGAGGAUCUGAAGGAUCAGGUGGCACAGUUGGAAGCCUCCUUAGCUGCUGCCAAAAAGCAGUUAGCAGAUGAAACUUUGCUUAAAGUGGAUUUGGAGAAUCGCUGUCAGAGUCUUACUGAGGACCUGGAGUUUCGUAAAAGCAUGUAUGAGGAGGAAAUCAAUGAAACCAGAAGAAAGCAUGAGACUCGCUUGGUAGAAGUGGAUUCUGGGCGUCAGAUUGAGUAUGAGUACAAGCUGGCUCAAGCCCUUCAUGAGAUGAGGGAGCAGCAUGAUGCCCAAGUGAAGCUGUACAAGGAGGAGCUGGAACAGACCUACCAUGCCAAACUUGAGAAUGCCAGACUCUCAUCAGAGAUGAAUACUUCUACUGUCAACAGUGCCCGGGAAGAACUGAUGGAAAGCCGGAUGAGAAUUGAGAGUCUUUCCUCUCAGCUUUCUAACCUCCAGAAAGAAUCUAGAGCAUGUUUGGAGAGGAUUCAGGAGUUGGAGGACUUACUUGCUAAAGAGAGAGAUAGCUCUCGACGCAUGCUGACUGACAAGGAGAGAGAGAUGGCGGAAAUCCGGGAUCUGAUGCAGCAGCAGCUGAAUGAUUAUGAGCAGCUUCUUGAUGUGAAGUUAGCACUGGACAUGGAAAUCAGUGCUUACAGGAAACUCUUGGAAGGCGAAGAAGAGAGGCUGAACCUGUCUCCGAGCCCGUCCUCCCGGGUGACCGUGUCCCGAGCGUCCUCCAGCCGCAGCGUUCGGACCACGAGAGGGAAGCGGAAGAGAGUGGAUGUGGAGGAGUCUGAGGCCAGCAGCAGUGUGAGCAUCUCCCAUUCUGCUUCUGCCACUGGGAACGUGUCCAUCGAAGAGAUAGAUGUGGACGGCAAGUUCAUCCGCUUGAAGAAUACUUCUGAACAGGAUCAACCCAUGGGAGGUUGGGAGAUGAUCCGAAAAAUUGGAGACACAUCAGUCAGUUAUAAAUAUACCUCAAGAUAUGUGCUGAAAGCAGGACAGACUGUUACAAUCUGGGCUGCAAAUGCUGGAGUCACAGCCAGUCCUCCCACAGACCUCAUCUGGAAGAACCAGAACUCUUGGGGCACUGGUGAAGAUGUGAAAGUCAUCUUGAGAAAUUCUCAGGGAGAGGAGGUUGCACAAAGAAGUACAGUCUUUAAGACAACCAUACCUGAAGAGGAAGAGGAAGAUGAAGAAGCCGCUGAAGUGCUUGUUGAGGAUGAACUUCUCCUCCAGCAGGGAGCCCCAAGAACAUCCAAUAAAAGCUGUGCAAUUAUGUAAACGUUUCACGUCCACUGUCAUCCUCAACAUAAAAGCAUGGUAAUCCUUACCUACACACAGUGCAGAGCCUUCUCAGAAGCACAGAAUAUUUUUAUAUUUCCUUUAUGUGAAUUUUAAAGCUGCGAAUUGAUGGCCUUAAUUUCCUUUUUUGACACUGAACUUUUUAAAAAGAACAUCAUGUCCAUCCGUUUUGUUGCAAGAUGUGAAUGAUUGACACUGAACUAACUGUACUGUUUGGAAAGGGUCUCAAAUUUUUUUUGAAUUUUUGUAUGUAUUUGUGGUUUUUGUUUUUAAGUUCUUCAAGAGGGAGGGUUGGGGAGGGUCAA